GAGGGAAGUUCAGAGGGGAUUUCUGCAGACUUUGGGAAACGGACGCACACACCCUCUGGCUGCGUGUGUGAGGUGCCACAUCGAAAUGGAAUAUAAACCGUGGAAAAUGAGCAUCAUGCUGCUGAUCCUGCUGCAGUUGUCGGUCCUUGUGUCCGGGGCUCCUCGACGGUGCGACCCAGGAGUUAGAGGACUGUGCAAGCCAAAAGUGGAGGAAAAACCUAAAUGCACAGAUGUCUUACUCUCCUACUGCGAUGACAUGUCCUACAGUCAGACCAUGUUCCCCAACACCCUCGGUCACAAGACCCGCGAAGAUGCUGAGGCGGGUGCCGAGUACCUCCUCAUGAGCGUGGCUGAAUCUCUGCUCGGGGGCGAGUGUAACCCUGAGAUCCGCAUGCUGGGCUGCUCAGUGUUGGUCCCGCGCUGUGAAAAGGACAAGGUCCUGAAGCCCUGUCGCACCACCUGUGAGACGGUGCGUACAAGAUGCAGCCACCUUUUCGAGGGAAUAGAGAUGGCUUGGCCUUACUUCCUGGACUGCGAUCGCUUCUUUGUGAGCGAGCAAGAGGGAUGUUAUGACCCGCUGGAGGGCCUCAAAGCUGAUCAGGAUCCAGAGGCCCUCGACAGCAUGGAAUUUGUUCCACCUGAGGAGCUGGCCACCACGAUACAGUUCACCUAUCACUCCAACGCUCAGAUGAACGAUAUCUUGAAGAAAACUGAGGAGCAAUGCUCCGACAUAGCGAGAACCUACAGCAUCGGCCGCAGCAUGGAGGGCAGGGAGCUGCUUGUGAUCGAGUUCUCAAACAACCCCGGGGAGCAUGAACUGCUGGAGCCAGAGAUGAAGUACGUCGGCAACAUGCAUGGGAACGAAGUCCUGGGCCGCCAGCUGCUGAUCUACCUGGCUCAGUACCUGUGCUCGGAGUAUCAGCUGGGGAACGAGCGCAUCCAGACCCUCAUCAACACCACCCGCAUCCAUAUUCUGCCCUCCAUGAACCCUGAUGGAUACGAGGUGGCUGUUUCUGGACUCCAGGACAAUAACUACAGUGAUGAUGAGGAGCAGGGUUACAGAUAUGAUUCUUGGAACAUCGGCCGAAACAAUGCUCAGAACAUCGACCUAAAUAGAAACUUCCCUGAUCUGACAUCCAUCGUUUACAACCGACGCAGACAGAAGGGCUACCGCACCGACCACAUCCCAAUCCCAGACUAUUACUGGUUUGGUAAGGUUGCACCGGAGACUUAUGCUGUCAUGAAAUGGAUCCGCUCCAUCCCGUUCGUGCUCUCCGCUAACUUCCACAGUGGGGACCUGGUGGUGUCUUACCCCUACGAUCUGUCCAAACACCCGCUGGAACGCAACAUGUUCUCCCCAACACCGGACGACAAGGUAUUCAAGCUUCUUUCAAGAACAUAUGCAAAUGCCCAUGAGAGAAUGGCCAAUGAAAAUGCCCGAUGUGGUCCGUCUCGCAGUCACAGUGAGAAAGGAAUCGUUAAUGGAGCACAGUGGUCCAGCAUUGCAGGGGGCAUGCAAGACUUCAACUACCUUCACACCAACUGUUUCGAGGUGACUGUGGAGCUGGGUUGUGAUAAAUUCCCCCCUGAAGAAGAGCUGUUUAUCGGCUGGCAUGAAAACAGCGAGGCUUUGAUCACUUUUAUUGAAGCAGCCCAUCGAGGUAUCAAAGGAAUCGUAAAAGACGAGGGGGGAAAUGUCAUCAAAGGUGCACAAAUAUCAGUCAAAGGAAUACGGCAUGACGUUACUACAGCUGAAAACGGAGACUACUGGCGCCUCCUCAUCCCCGGCGUCCACAUCGUAUCCGCCUCGGCCCCGGGCUACACCAGAGCUAUGAAGAAAGUCCACCUGCCUGCUCGAAUGCAAACAGCAGGCCGGGUGGACUUUGUGCUGCAGAAAGCUGCGCUGGAGCCUGACAUGCUAGAAGAGGAUCUCACCAUCCUGUCUAUGGGCACCUAUGAUCGCUUUGACCCUUACAAUCAGUACGAGCGCUACACCCUGAUGGCUGAUCUGAGCCACAACCGCGAGGAGAGAGAAGAGAAACCCUGGUGGUGGAGCUACUUUGUCCUGCCGGGAAGCCCUUCACCAACAUGGCUGCUCAAACGCUAUUAAAGCUUUAAUGGGAGAAGUGGAGGAAUUGUAUCUGUCUACACUAUACACACAAACCGAGCUAUCGUGUAAUGAAUGUACUGCUUUUUAUUGGUGUUGCAGGAAAAGUGUAAAAGGUAGCUGGCUGGCCUUCAUGUUAUCUUUCACACUUUGCUUCCAAGUCAGUUUCAUAACCUCAAUUAAUGAUCAUGAUGAAAUAAAAGUUUGUUAAAGACUUUAAACAA